AUCAAGCAUUAUCAAGUGUCAAAACUCUGUAAAAUAAAAAGAUUAUUGUUUUUAUGUUGUGUUCAAUAAAUGUAUAAUUUUACGGCUUAUAUAAAAUUGUGAAACAAUAUCACGAUUUGGGAGAAUCGCUCUGGUAGCCUAAAGUUACAUGAAUUAGAAAUUUAAAUAAAGCAGAAACAAUGGCUGAUUUAGAAAACGAAAAUAAGACAUUGGCCGACGUGGAAAAUGUAGAAAUUCUAGCACAAGGUCUGACGGAGCUGUAUGAACCUCCAUUAGCAACCAUACAUGCCCAUUUGAAAGAAUUAACAGAAAAACAAGAGGCUGUAAGCGAAAUACUGUCAGCUGAGAGACGUAAACUAAAUGACCUGCAAAGUGAUGCUAUGUUGGAUGCUUUAUUGGCAGACAUUGCUACAAUCAAAGAGAGAUUAACAACCAUCUCGAAUUCUAUGUUGGGUUUGCAUAAAAGGGUACAAUCUUUACAGACCAGGGCAGCCAACAUAGAAAAGGUGGCAUUGAUUAAAGCAAACAAUAAAAAUUAAAUAUUUUCCAUAAUUCAUUCCUCUUUGAACAUGUUUAUUUAAAAAAGCGUUUUGAUAUG